AAAGUAGUACAGUCGACUCUCGAUAAUUUGAAUCUCUUGAUAAUUUGAAUUUUUUGUCUGGUCCCUUGAAAAACUCUCAAUAAUUUGAAAAAAAAAUCAAUGUAUCAGGCAAAUCAAAUAUAAACGGGAUUUUUGUUCCUGAGCGUCUACUGUUGGUAGGACUGGGACCGCGCUGCUAGUAUACUUGGGUGGGGUCACUAGGAGUGGGGAGAGCCAGUCCCAGUCGUCCCACACUUCCAGCCAGUUUUUCAGUUACAAUCACGAUGUCGGAGCAACAAGUGCACCCUUCCACUGCGCAAUGUAUUAUUAUAAAAUUUCUUGCUUGUGAAAGAGUUCCAGCGAUGGAAAUUUUUCAAAGAUUGAGUGCUCAGUUAGGGGAUCAAACAUUGUCAAGGACUCGUGUGUUUGCAUGGCAUAAAGAGUUCAAGGAAGGGCGAGAACGAGUGGAAAAUGAGAAACAUGAUCGCCAUCCUUGGACCAGCAUUACAGACGCAAACAUUCGCGCGGUUCGAGACAUUCUUGAUGAAGAUCGACGGGUGAAGGUAUCCGAAAUUGCAGAACAGGUAGGAAUAAGUUAUGGGAGUUGUCAAUCGAUCAUCACAAAUUAUCUACAGUUCAGGAAAGUGUGUGCCAGAUGGGUCCCUCGCCUAUUGACCACAGAUCAGAAAAUGAGACGUUUGGAGGUCUGUCAGAGACAUGCAGCAAAGUUCACGGAAGAAGGGGAGACAUUUCUGAGUCGGAUUGUCACCUGUGACGAGACGUAGGUCCACCACUACACUCCGGAGUCAAAACAAGCCAGUAUGGAGUGGCGGAGGAAAGGGGAGGCAGCCCCUGUGAAAGCCAAGACUCGACUGUCAGCUGGCAAGGUCCUUUCAACCAUCUUCUUCGACCAGUGAGGCAUUUUGCUCAUUGAUUUUUUGCACGAGUGAUGCACAAUCAAUGCUGCUUACUACUGCGAGCUGCUGACCAAGGUGAGGGAUGCAUAUCGUCGCAAAAGACGAGACCAAUCGAUUCAAAAGGUUAUCCUCCUUCACAACGCAAGGCCCCAUACUGCAGCUCUAACCAUCUCAAAACUGGAAGAAAUGCACUGGACUCAACUGGAACAUCCUCCCUACAGUCCAGACCUAUCGCCCUGCGAUUUUCAUUUGUUUGGGCCGCUUAAAGAAGCUCUAGGAGGGCAACGAUUUGAAGAUGACGAGGGCGUGAAUGAGUUUGUGCGCAAUUGGCUUGUGAUGCAAUCAGCUUCGUUCUAUGAUGCUGGGAUAAAAAAAACCUUCCCACUUGCUGGGAAAAAUGUAUUUUUAAAGCAGGAGACUAUGUAGAAAAGUAAUUUAUAUUUGUCAUUCAUUUAUCAAUAAAUAAUUUUUAUUUCAAAAUAAAAUCCCGUUUAUAUUUGAUUUGCCCUAAUUUUGGUCCCUUCGAUAAUUUGAAGUUUUAGGAUACAUCUUGACUACCAACAUUCUAUAAUUUGAAUUUUUGUUCCUCUAAUCUCUAUAAUUUGAAGUCCACCAACACUCUAUAAUUUGAAUUUUUCUUCUUCUACUCUCUAUAAAUUGAAGUCUGAUUCUAGACCUGUUACUGCCUGUCAUUUCUUCAAUGAAUCAUCACACAGACCUGUUGUGACAUGUCUUUUGUUUACUUCAGUGUACACACCACCGUAAUGGUUUGAGAAAGCUCUCAGCUCUCAGUUCCCAGUUGAGAGUUCUUUUGGCAGUUGUUAACAGUGUUGCUUGGUUUUUGGUUAAGUGAAAUUUAGUUUAGAGUGAAAUUUUAAAUUCAAGAUGAGUGCAAAGAAGAAGAACAUUAGUCUUUCUAUCAGUGAUAAGAAGCGGGUUAUCAAAGCUGUGGAGGAUGGACAGCCAAAAAAAGACGUUGCUAAGCAGUUUGGGAUUUUGCCCUCAACCUUAUCCAUGAUUUUGAAGAACAAGGAUCGUAUCAAUGCAAGUGAUUCAAGUGUGUGUAAGAAGAGGUCACGUCAGGGUGAAUUUCCGUGUCUUGAGGAGUGCUUACUCAAAUGGAUUCGCCAGUGUAGAGGACAGAAUAUUCCAAUUGGUGGUUUCAUGCUGAAGGAAAAAGCAAAGUCUUUCGCAGAGUCUCUUGGUAUUGAAGGAUUUGGAGCUAGUGAGGGUUGGCUAUCAAACUUCAAAAAUCGACACAGCAUCACAUUCAAGAAGAUUUGUGGAGAGAGCGCCAGUGUGGAUAGCAUGGUUUGUAAUGAAUGGACUGAUAAAUUGAAAGAGCUUCUAAACGGCUAUGAGCCUAAAGACAUAUUUAACACAGAUGAAACUGGACUUUUCUAUAAGUGUCUUCCAGACCGCACCCUAACAUUCAGGAAUGAAAAAUGUCAUGUGAUAUGA